UUCAGACACUUCCUGCUGCGUGCAAACCACAACGCAGCAUCGGGUCGCCACAAGGCGUCCCUGACGCAUCUCUUUCGGCGUCUGACAGUGAGCUGGACGUCUCCAGCUUGUCCAGCUUGGAGUUUUCUAUUUCGCCCCCGCGGCGCUUCAGCUUUCAGAGCCGCCAUGCAGAGAUUAGCAACCGCGUGACAAGCGGCUCGACGACACGGCAAAACGCCAGGAGACGCUGUGCGGACAAACAGACCCCGAAUCGAGCGCCCAUUCCCCCCAAGAGCAUCCUGAAGAAGCACGUUCCCCUGGGGGUGCAGCACCACUAUGAUGUCAUCAGGAAGUCCAAGUCAGUGGAACUGUUGGACGGCAGCACGGGGCAGGACACCGGCUGUGUCCCGACUCGCUCUUUAGACGGGGGGCCGGCCUCCAAUGUGCGGCGCUCGUCCAGUGUGCGGCGCUCAUGCAGCCCGCCUUUACCCCGAAGUAGCAAACACUUGAAGUGGAACAUGCACUUCCUGGAAGAGAAGGUUCGCUUCUCCAGCUUUCUGGAUGAAAUCACCUGCCGCGUCCUGAGCCCCGCCCACCUCACAAUGCUUGGCAAGGAGGCCUCCGGAGUGCGUGGAAGCCCCGCCCCUCAGCAUCACAGCCACACCCAGAAGAAGCAGCACCCGGCGGAGUGCAAGUCAGCGCACCGCCGGGAGCGUUGGGAUGGGUGGGUGGCAGCACUGCAGCAGUCGGAGCGCUUCAAGCCUCGAAGGAGGGAGACCCCCGAAUCCCGGGAAGCUAUCACAAAGGGGGCGGGGCAUGUAGAGGAAGUGGUGAAGGUAAACGGAGGAGAAAAGUUGGAUUGUCGACAGACAGAUGAUCACAAACACGGACUUCCGCUUACUAAACAGGAUGUAGUGUCACGUACUAAGGACGUUUUAUCUGAUUCCGACCGCAUCAGAAUCCUUCAGCAGCAGAAUGAAGAUCUGCGCCGACGCCUUUCUCUCUCCACUCACAAGAUGGAGGCCAUGGAGGCGGAGUUUGAUGGUGGCCGCCAUUACAUGGAGGCGGAGCUAAGUCGAACCAGAGAGGACCUCGACAAGAUGAGGGACAAGUUUCGCCGACUCCAGAACAGCUACACGGCGUCUCAGAGGGCCAAUCAGGACUUGGAGGAGAAGCUUCAUGCUCUGGCUGCCGUCAGUCAGACCUGGGUCCAUGCACUACGCAAGGUGGAGAGGGACAAGAAGACCAUGGACCAGGAGAUCGUGGAGCUCACCAACAAAUUGCUGGAGGCCAAGAACACCAUCGACCACCUGGAGGAGCUUAAUGAACGUUACCGGCAGGACUGCAACCUCGCCGUUCAGCUGCUCAAGUGCAACAAGUCCCACUUCAGGAACCACAAGUUUGCCGAUCUGCCCGCGGAGUUGCAGGACAUGUUGAACAAACACAUGAAGAGCAGCCUACCAGAGCGAAGCCCCGCCCCCUCUGGCCAGGACCCGGACACGCUCAGUUUGACGCCGUCCGAUGUGGUCCCCACCUCCGUCAUCGCUCGCGUGCUGGAGAAACCCGAGCCGCUGCUUCUGAACUCGGCCCAGUCCAGCAGCUGCGGCUGGCCCGUGGCGGAGGACGUCUUUGUGCAUGUGGACAUGACGGGCCCGCAGGCGGCGCCCGCAGAGGGACGCGGUCGUGACGAGGGCGGCGACGAGGACACGGCCACGCUCAACGGCUCGUGUCAGAGCCAAAGCAGUCUAGACGUGGGCGAGGAGGCGGGCGGCACGCCGUCCUUCGACAAGCUCAACCCGUACCCACCGCCGCCACCGCCCAACCCGCUGUACCCGGGUCGCAAGGUCAUCGAAUUUUCCUCAGACGACAAAGUGAAGAUCCCCAAGAACAGCCCGCUGCCUAACUGCACCUACGCCACGCGCCAGGCCAUCUCGCUCAGCCUGGUGCAGAACGACGACCCGCCUCACGGAAGCCCCACCCUCUCAGGCGGCGGACGGAUUCAGCCCUCGAGGCAGGACGCCGGUGUGGAGCUGCCAUCCAACCAAUCUAGCCCCUUCAGCAGCCCCCCACAGGCACCCAGCGUUCUCACUAGCUCCGGCAGCUCGGAGGAGGAUCUUCUGGCCAACUGGCAGCGUGUGUUCGUGGACAAGAUGGCCGCGCAGCCGCAGCAGGCGGCGGGCGCGGCGGCCUCGUCGGAGCGCCAUCGAGCGGCGUACUCCGAUGGCGAGGAGGGGUCGUCCGCCCACAGCUGGACUCCAAGCCGCGGCUCCAGCCUCGACACCGACACUGACACGGAGCCACGCCCCUACGGGAGGGGCCAGUACGGCGGCAGCGGCGACUCUGUGGACGGUGGCGAGCGGCUCCUGAUGAAGCUGGAUGAAGACGGCGGUAGCGGGGACACCGCGGUCGCGAUGACGACGCACCACGCCGACGCACGCCGGGAAGAGGAGGAGGAGGAGCGGGAAGUCCCUCCUCGCCUCCUGGACUUUGACUCCGCCUACGCUGCGGCGGCUCUGCCGCGACCUCACAGGAGUCCCAAGAGGAUGGGCGUGCAUCACCUGCACCGCAAGGACGGCCUGAGCCACGCCCACCAGCACCUGAUGGACUGAAGCCCCGCCCACCCAGGUUAGACGUCACACCCACCCAGGAUACAGCCAUACGUGCACACGCUUUCCGUGCCUAACAUCUGCUACCACGUCAGGUCAAAGGUCAGACACAGUCAUCAUCCACUGUGGGGCGGGGCUACCGUUUCUCAUCAAUCACAAAGAAAAAAAAUAAUUUUGAGUACUUUUAUUUGUGUUGCGCACCGCCGCUAACAUGUUAGCGUGCUAGCAUGUUAGCACGCUUGUCUUCUCCUUUUCGUUUCUUGAUGAACUUUUUCUUCCUCACGACGACACGUGAAUGAUUGAUUGAUUGACUGCUAUUAAUCACCGCCGACAUCGUUAAUGUCAAAUUCACCUGACGACGAUCACAAGUCUUAUUAUUUCAAAAUAAGUUAUUUUCCGGUUAGGUGAUGAGGUUACAGACGCCGCCACUGUUGCAUUGUGGGACGUGUGUGUGUGUGUGUGUUGUGCUUUGCUAACAUCGGAGGACUGUUGUUGUCCGGAAUUAUUCGAUGGAAAACGUGGGAGUUGAAACAGGCUGCUAACAAAAUAAAAGCCUCAUCGGCUGCUGCAAGAACGCCCAAAGGCAGUGGAGUCUUCCUCAUCUUCAUCAUUUCAAUAUUUCAGAGGAGACAGUCGGAGUAAAAAUAGAUUUUCCUUCUACAACUUUAAUGAGUCAUCGCUUCUUGUCGUCGUCGUUUUUAUUCUUUCUCUCAGGGGGGGCCUCCUCUUCCUCGGUCGUCACGGAGACGCCUGGGCUUUGCUCUUUUAGACGUCCAAAAGUCCAUCAUUUUGUCUUUUAAUCCUAUUUUGCCAUCAAUAUUUCUGAAAGGACAGUAAAUGACAUUGGCCACGUCCCACAAUGCAUCAGAAGGGCUGCACACAGGAAAUGCUUGUCACACAAAAACGUCAUUGUCAGUAUUUUAUUUAUUAGUUGACGUGCUUUUCACAAUCUGUGCUAGCUUGUUGUGUUUACUAAGCAAACAUGUGACAACAUGGCCGCUCUGCAAAGUGACGGACAGGAACUUUAAUGUAACUCCGCCUCCUCGCCAACAGGUGCUCUCACCGUCGCUGACCUUUGCACUGCAAGCGUCCCGACUCAAACGUUCCCGUAAUUUCAUUUCCUUUACUUCUGUUUGACAAAAGUGCUUCAAAUGAUGAAUGAAUGCUUUUAUUUUCUCAAUUUGUAAGCUGAUGUAUAUUUUCAAAUUAAAAAUGUUAAGACUUGUGGUGUCUUGCUACCCUAACUGGUCACAUGACCACGUUUGAUGCUUCACUUUAUCAAAUGUGUUUAUUGUGAAGGUGGCCAGGAAGUCACAGGUCCUCUUAUAUGAGGGGGAGAUGACCUUCAAAAUAAAAGACAGGAAGUACAAUUCAGAGAGG